GCGGGGCAGGCACUGAGUGCUGGAGAUGCUGCUGCUGCCGCCGCUGCCGCUGCUGCUGUGGGACGGGUUCGGGUCCGAGUCUGCCUUGGCGGGCACGGAGCGUGGGACGACCUGGGACCCGGUGGUAGCAGCAGGAGCACACUGAGAACCAUGUCCAGGAAGAAGACCCCCAAGAGCAAGGGGGGGAGUGUGCCGGCUGCCUCUACGCUGCCCGCCGCCGCCAACGGGCCACGUCUGGCACAUCCCAGGACAGCGCGCCCCGGCCCAGAGGCACCGCCCAACGGGCCCCCGCAGUCCGGCCGGCCCUCACUUGGUGGCACUGGAGACUUCUACGACGUUGCUUUCAAGGUCAUGCUGGUGGGGGAUUCCGGUGUGGGGAAGACGUGCCUGCUCGUGCGCUUCAAGGAUGGGGCUUUCCUGGCUGGUACCUUCAUCUCCACUGUGGGCAUCGACUUCCGGAAUAAAGUUCUGGAUGUGGAUGGCAUGAAGGUGAAGCUGCAGAUCUGGGACACGGCUGGUCAGGAGCGGUUCCGAAGUGUCACCCAUGCCUACUACCGGGAUGCUCACGGCCUGGUUGACAGAGAUCCAGGAAUAUGCCCAGCAGGACGUGGUGCUCAUGCUGUUGGGGAACAAGGUGGGAAUCUGGGCCUGUCCUCUCCAGCCUGGCCCCACAGGGCAUGCCAUGGACUGGCAUUAACCAAAUCCCUGUGCCUGGGCCAGGUUGACUCUACUCAAGAACGAGUGGUAAAGAGGGAAGAUGGGGAGAAAUUAGCCAAGCACCUGGCUGGCAGCAGUUAUUUGCAGGAGUAUGGGCUACCAUUCAUGGAGACCAGCGCCAAGAGCGGCCUCAAUGUGGACUUGGCUUUUACAGCCAUAGCAAAGGAGCUGAAACAAAGAUCCACCAAGGCUCCCAGUGAGCCACGCUUCAGGCUGCACGACUAUGUGAAGAGGGAGGGCCGAGGGGUCUCCUGCUGUCGACUCUGAACCUGGCUGAAUUUCGGUUCUACUACGCUGGAGGCAGCUGUUUGGGAUACCAUAGGUGAUGGAUGCCAGAAUGUCUUCCUUUUCAAGACACCUGAGGCAGAUGCUCUUAAGCCCCUUGGCCUCAGGGGCCAUUACAGAAAGCAUACAAACCACACUAUGGCACGUGGCUGCCCUCUUCUGGGCACUCCCAGCAGGAAGGACGGCACCACAUCGUGCCUCCUCUCUAUGAAAAGCCAUGCUUACUGCACACGACCAAAGGCUGUUGUCCAUUUGUUGGGUUGCUUCCAAAUCAACUAGUAGGCUCUGAUGUAGGAAACCACAGGAAGAUUGGGCUGAUAGAACCAAGUCACUACUUAGCAGGCUGGCCCAGUCCUUCCCACCUUGUACUAAAGUCACCAGACCACAAAUGUUGAGUGAAAACCUGUCUCUAAAGUCCCCAUUAAUAAAGGUGUUUCUGGAG